UUCCCUCUUCCUGCAGACGGUCAUGGUGUCUCUCGAGGGCCUGACCAAGGUGGUGGACCCCUCCCAGCUGACGUCAGACUUCGAGGGCAGCCUGGAGUACGACCACGACGAGUGGAUCGAUGUGCGCGUGGCCUUCGAGGACUUUGCCGGCGAUGCCGCCCGGGCUUUGGCGCGGCUGGAGGAGCUGCAGGAGACCCUGGCGCAGCGUGACCUUCCGCGCGACCUGGAGUGUGCACGGCGCCUCAUGGAGGAACAUGCCUCCGCUCAAGAAGAGGGCCACCAAGGCCUCGGUGGAGGAGUUGGACACACAGGGACGCAGGCUGCUCCAGAGGCUUCAGCAGGGUAGUGUCACCCCUGGAGGCUACACUAACCACGGCGGCGGGGGAACGGAUGCUAACGAUGGGCUCACAGGCCACCCAGAUGCCCACAACCUGGUGCCAAAAGUGAGUGCCCUGCUGGACAAGUUGCAUGGCACACGCCAGCACCUGCAGCAGCUGUGGCACAUGCGCAAGCUGAAACUGGACCAGUGCUUCCAGCUGCGGCUGUUUGAGCAGGAUGCAGAGAAGAUGUUUGACUGGAUCAUGCACAACAAGGGCCUGUUCCUGACCAGCUAUACAGAGAUAGGAGGGAACCACCAGCAUGCCGGGGAGCUGCAGACUCAGCACAACCACUUUGCCAUGAACUGUAUGGUAUGAAUGUACUCUUCUACUUUACUGAUGACCAUAAACAUUUACAAUGACCAUAAACUACUGUACCCCUCAGCUUUGUGUUAAAAUACAUUGAAGCGUAUUGAUAGUCGUCUAUACCUUAUUUAUAGUAAUCUAUAGCUUAUUUAUAGUCACCCCCCUUUAAAAGGGCCACAUAAUGAUGGGUUAAACUAAACAGUCCUCCCAGUAGCUACCACAUGCAGUGUGAGGUUGAGACAAGCCAUCCAUCUCCUGCAUGUGUGUGUUUGUGUGUGUCUGUCUGUAUGUGUGCGUGUAUGUGUGUGCUGCCCGCCCUGAACCUCCCUGGCUGCCUGCAGGGUUAAACAGCCCUAGCUGUGUUCUGUAGGGGAAGAUGAUGAAUCACUUGGUCUCCCUGCCCUCUCUCCCUCCACUCGUCCUUGCCCUCUCCUGUUCCUUGCCCUGGCUGUCAGUAGUCAGUACAGGGCCCUAGCUCUGGCCCCCAUCUACUCUCUGCUGCUCAUGGGACCUAAAGGGGAAAAUGAGGACAUGAAUGGAAGCCCUAGCUUUUUGUUGUACUGUAUUUUUGGAUCAGGAUCAUCAACUAGAUUCAGCUGCCGGCAGAUUUUUCUCUUGAGCUGGUGGUCAUGGGGCUGGAACAUGCAGUAAUUACAAAUAAUUUCUACAAAUUGACCACAAGAAGCCCAAACAGAUAUAAUUUUUGACUAAAACAUAAUCAUUUCAAAUCUUACUUACAUUUGUAUAUGAUCACAUCUCUCUAUUAUGCAUGGAAAUACUUGGGAACAGAUUUCCUAAAUUAAAAUCCUUUGGAACUGUUUUUGCAUUUUUUUAUGUCUAACAAUGAAUUGAGCCUGUCCAGUUGGGGAACCUAGCUCUGGAUUGUAUGGUGGUAUAAUACUGUAAAGUACAUUUACACUAAGUUGCAGUGCUCUUUCUGUAUGACAUUGUUUCCUUGGACGUAUUAAUCUAUACCAGGGGUUCCCAAACCCCCCCCCCGUCCUGCAUUGGGGAACAUCCCGCGCCUACCACCUAUGG